AUGGUAAUGGUAAAACCAUUUUUGCCUAUCAUAAUAAGAUAUAAAUCGACAAAUAUGAAGUCCAGCAAAUUGAAACAGAAUCUCCCAAGUAGUGCCUCUACAUUUGAUAGAAGUGGUGUAAACGACAUUGGUGUUCUCAGUACUGAUCAACAGUCAGCUAUGAAAUUAAUUCAAACAAGAAAAGCCAACGAAAUUUACCUUAGAGAACACCCUGAAAUCUCACAUAUGUUAAGUGCAUUCAUGCGAGAGGUUCUUGAAAUACAACCAGACGACAUUAGAGAAUACGCAGCAGAUUUUUUUACAGAUCCUAAUUUGAAGCGAAAGGUCGAAGCUAUACAAAAAGAGAAUAUUAUGGAGACAAGAAUAUGCCAUAUAGCAGAUAAUUUGGGACAAGAGACCAACUGCAUGAAAGAUCCUUUAAGUGAAUUAAUAAUUCGAUUAAUUUGA